GAAUCCAUCCAUGGCUUUAACCAGCCGAUGCCGGCUCCGAGGUCGCAAGAUCCCCAUGGAGACGGAGUGCGGGAAAAUAAUGUCGUCCCGCUCGGACAGUGGGAGUGGGGAGGACUCGUUGGACCGGCUGCUGCCCCCCUCCGGGGCUCCUCGCAGGAAGAGCACUACCUUGCUGAGUAAAACUGAGCCUCCUCUGCUCCGCACAGGCACACGCACCAUCUACACCGCUGGCCGACCUCCCUGGUAUGACGAGCACGGAGCUCAGUCAAAAGAGGCCUUUGUCAUCGGGUUGUGUGGGGGCAGUGCCUCAGGGAAGACCACCGUGGCCAAUAAGAUCAUUGAGGCUCUGGAUGUGCCGUGGGUUGUGCUGUUGUCUAUGGAUUCUUUCUACAAGGUUCUAUCUCCAGAUGAGCAGGCCCUGGCGGCAAGUAAUGACUACAACUUCGAUCAUCCCGGGGCAUUUGACUUUGAGCUGCUGGUUGCCACCCUCAGGAAGCUGAAGCAAGGCAAGAGUGUGAAGAUCCCAGUGUAUGAUUUCACUACGCACGGACGGCAGAAAGACUGGAAAAAUGUGUAUGGUGCCAGCGUAAUCAUAUUUGAAGGAAUUAUGUCUUUUGCAGACAAAGAGCUUCUUCAGCUCCUGGAUAUGAAAAUCUUUGUGGACACAGACUCAGACAUUCGGCUGGUCCGCCGGCUCCGCAGGGACAUCACAGAACGUGGACGAGACAUUGAAGGCGUCAUCAAGCAGUACAACAAGUUUGUGAAGCCAGCCUUUGAGCAGUACAUUGAGCCGACCAUGAGGCUGGCUGAUAUCGUUGUGCCGAGAGGUGGUGGGAAUAUGGUGGCCAUCGAUCUUAUAGUCCAGCAUGUUCACAGCCAGCUGGAGGAGCGUGAGCUCAGUGUCAGGGCUCUCCUGGCCUCCGCUCAGCAGACUCAGCCGCCGCUGCCCCAGACGCUCAGUGUGUUGGAGAGUACGCCGCAGGUCAGAGGCCUGCACACCAUCAUCAGGAACAAAGACACCAGUCGAGACGAGUUUAUCUUCUACUCAAAGAGAUUAAUGCGGCUUCUCAUAGAACAUGCACUUACAUUUCUACCAUCUCAGCCGUGUGUCGUUCAGACUCCACAGGGACAUGAAUACGAGGGCCGUAGUGACAACGGGAGAGGGAUCACCGGUGUGUCCAUCCUGCGGGCAGGAGAGACCAUGGAGCCCGCCCUUAGAGCCGUGUGCAAGGACGUUCGCAUCGGCAAGAUCCUCAUCCAGACCAACCUCGACUCAGGCGAACCAGAGCUGCAUUACCUGCGUCUGCCCAAAGACAUCAGUGAAGAUCAUGUCAUCCUAAUGGACAGCACAGUCUCCACCGGCGCUGCUGCCAUGAUGGCAGUGCGAGUCCUAUUGGAUCACGAAGUGCAAGAGGAUAAGAUCGUGUUGGUGUCGCUGUUGAUGGCAGAGCUCGGGGUGCACUCUGUGGCCUACGCCUUCCCGCAGGUCAAAAUCAUCACCAGCGCUGUGGACAAGAGUCUGGACGAUUCUUUACAUGUAAUUCCUGGUAUCGGGGACUUUGGGGACCGGUAUUUUGGGACAGAUGGGUCCGAUGGUUGGAGUGAUGAGGAGGACCCGGAGCAGCCGUCAUACUGACACAAACAUCUGUGAAAUCUUUGACAGAAAAUACAAGCACUACUUGAAAACCUCUGUUAUCGUGCAUCCUCUUCAGGCAUUGACAAGCAAAAAACACUGUUCUAUUCACUUUUUGUGUUCUGUACAUGAAGUUUUGUACUCUUAUACAACGGAUGAGUCUCGGUCAAGUUGUAUGCAUGAGAGAUAUUUUGCUCUAUUUACAACUGAGAGUUCGUCAUAAAUAUUUUCAUACUCAGAGGGUCACAGAGGUGAAACAGUGCCAUUACCUUGAGGUGCAAUAAUGCAACAACAUUAUUAUGAUUAUACUAAAUUAUUUCACCCAGCACUGGGUUGCACCAGUUGUUCAAAAAUCCAGUUCUUAGUGAGUGAUAACUAGCUUCAAACACAAGGCACAAACACAAGAUACAGCCAAGGCUGAUGGGAUUUUAUUAGUUCUUAAAGAUAAAAAUAUUGACCCUAAUGAUCAAUUAAAAUGAAAAAGAGAAUCGCCAAAGUUGAUAAUGUUCAUCUUCAGGGAUUCAUAGCAAUCGGUGCAGUGGUUGUUGAGAUGUUUCACUAAAAGACAAAAAUGUCCACCUCAUGGUGGCGCUAGAGGAAAAGUCAACAAACCAUCAACCAACCAACUGACUAACAAACUUACAUCUGUAAAGUCAUGAUUCUCACAUGCCUUAAAAAAGUUUAAAAGGGCCAAGUCAUAUGUUGAACUUUAAUGCCAAUCAUUGAUUGACUUUGUUUUAUUAUUAUGUGCACACAUAUAUGUGUUUUAGAAUUAACAGUAUUCAUGCAGUUUAACAUGAGAUUACACCAGACUGAUGUUAUAUCUUAUUUAGUCUAACAUUACUUUUACUCCUCAUCUAAACGGCUCAUAUUAGAAAGCUAACGCUGCUUUUGUGAUUUGGUUCAUUUAGCUGCACAACAGUAAACAUUCAGUAGCAACUUAUCUAUGAAAAAGAAGUAGUUAAUUAAGUGAUUCAUAGAUCUCCACUUAGUCAACAGGAGAACGAGGCACAACUUAGGAAAUGGGUUAGAAAAGAGUGUGGAGAUUAUAGAAAAAGCUUCAGAAUAGCAGCAAGUGCUGUUAAAUGGCCUUCUAUGUUUUUCAGAGGUAUUUUCUUUUUGAGGAAUCAGAUGAGAAGCUGUGCGACUUGAAUGUAAUGUCAAUACACACGGGUUGUAAACUGGGGCUAUUACUACACUAGGUUUGGAUUUUAUGAAUAGCUGGUGCACUCUGCUCAUGAACAUGCUCUGAUACAAAUGAACUACUUUAUUCUGCUCUAAACACUUUUUUAAUGUAAUGUACGUAACUCACAUCUAAAGUAGAAGAGUUGUCAGAAGUUUUAUAGUAAACAUACAGUAUAUUACAAAAGGAAAUUAUUGUCAUCAAAAUCUUGCAGGUUUACACAUUUACCACAGGUGAAGCAGCCCAGUGAGUAUGUUGUAAAUCUUAAAUUCAGGGUAUGAGCAUUCGAGAUUAAAUUUAGUUUUCAUUCAUCACUGCCUCUUUCUACUUCCACUGGAAAUAUGACAUCUGCCCAUUAUGUUGUAUAUCUGGACUGAUCAUCAAGGUGUGAGGACGUCAUGGACGGUCACAUGCUCACUUAAGAAUAUUUUCCGUGCUCCUCUGACUCUCAGGGUUCAGACACAAGCCACUUUGGAUCCCUCUUUGAUGCACUUCAAAACCUGAAGGGGUCAGCAUAGCUCACAUCUAGCUUUCUCUCUGUGUGAUUUAUAGCGUGUCCCUCUGAGAAAUCUGUGUGUCUUUACAGUACAGAAGAAUGCAUACACACUCACCUGAAACACCUCCAUUUGCACAAGUUGAACUGUUGAUUUAAUGUCAUGAAUGGCAGUUUUGCAGAAAUGGAAGCGUCCUUGUGUGGUUCAUGAUUUUAACUGAAUGAUGUGAUGCAGAAUCCAGUGUGGUUACCUGCCUAGUUAUAAACAUGUAAGAUAAUGAUAACAAUGUAAUUUCAGGGUUACAAACUGUGCAGUAAAAACCUCGAGCCUCCCA